UCUAUAUUGUCAGUGUGACAAAUCAAUAGAAACUGUGUAUUUACAUUUUUUUGUUCAACCAUAAAAUUAGUCAAAUGAAAUACAUACAAGGGGCAAUGUCCGACUUCUUUAAACCUAAAAGUUCAGAAAAACCCAAAAAUGAUAACUCGGAAGAUUCAUCAAAACAGAAAGAGGAACAAAAACUAAAAAAAGCAGAGGCGUGUGGUAUGGGAGAUUACGAUUACAAAAAUUGUCCUUUUAAUGAAGAAAUGGAAGACGAGGAAUUCGAGAAAAUUUCUAGGACAACUAGCAUAUUGUUUUCAAAUAUAGAACGUGAACUAGCACACAAUUUUCAAGAACGAAGAACUCUGGAAGAAAAGUUAAAGGAUCUAGAAGAAGAGUUACUCAAACGUCAAGAUUUAUACGAAGCAUGCUACAAUUUGCAUAAAAAAGAGUCGGUUCACGUAGAACAAAUUUCCGCCAAAAUUAAGAAAUUUUCCGACAAUGUAGAUUAUCAUGAAGAAGUGACAGAAUCUUGGCAAGUGCUCAUCGAUCAGUUUCGUAAAAUUCCUGAAGAGACAUCUUGUCGCUAGUGAAGUUUUCAUACAAUUUUUGUACCGUAAUGUUAAUAUUAUUUGGCUUAGCAAAAUUAAAGAGUAAUGAAAACCUUA